AUGGUGACAGGAUCUGAUAUAAGCAUAAUCUACAUUACUUCGUUUAUCCUAAUCGUUGCUAUUGUACCGUCUAGAAUUCUAAGACUACAAACACAUCGUCUUCAAAGUACUCACAAGUGGCUACGAGGUCUUCAAUCAUUCUUGCCUCCCGACCGUUCUCUAUGGAUUUCUGUCGGCUGUGAUACAAAGUACCCUCUGUUUUCCUGUCAGUCCAAAAACGAGAGCCGCGGUAAAGGGCUUGGCAAUGUAAUUGCUGUCAAUGAAACACACUUUCGUAAUCCUGUCCUUCAGAAGCAUUGGAACAGUUGCGCAGUCGUUGGGUCAUCUAGCCGUUUGCUGAAAACUGAAUAUGGCCCCCAUAUCGAUGAUCACGAAAUUGUCGCCAGAAUCAACUACCCUCCAAUAAAGGGAUACGAAAAACACGUGGGAUCCCGACCAUCUGACAUCCAUUUUUUUGGAGACAAAGUAGAGAGAUGUUUCAACGAAAGUCACCCUGAGGCCAAGCUAAAAGUCCUUCAACUCCCGUAUAAGAACAGCCGUAGAGACGUUUCUUUCAAAACAUGCGAAGCUAACAGAAAAUUGCCAUUGUAUACUAUUUCAAGUUACGUAAUGCACUUUGCAGAAACGCUAAUUUACAACUAUUCUCUUGCCCACCGUCCUCCCAAAAUGAAGGCGAAUAAGAUAAUAAGGAAAAUGCCAACAUCGGGUUUUCGGGCGGUUAUUUUUACAAUGAUGAUGUGUAAGCACGUUGAUUUGUAUGGAUUUGGACUGAGUGGAGAUAAAGAAGAGUGGCUACAUUACUAUGGUACAAGCACCAAACAUGGAUCCGUCAAACGAUUUACAGAAGGUCACAACCCUAAUGUUGAAUUUGAGCUUUUAACCCAUUGGCCAAACGUGACAACUGCCGAUUUCUAUCCCGGCUUUGGCAAAGUACAAGUAUUUACGUAAAUUUUAAUUAAGCAAAUACUAGUAAAUGUACGUUUAUAGCCAAGGUAACGUAUUUGUAUAUUUCAGAUCACAUAGAAAUUUGUAGACUCUUUCAGUUAGCUAAAUGUAUUCAGAAUUCAAAAUGUGA